CACUGCGGCGCUCGUAUCACUCCUCUCUCACUCUUCUCUCACUCGUCACUACUCCGCGAAACGCCGUCUCGUACCCUAUAGUCACACGUUGUACUAUCACGUCGCGGUGUCUCGCCGACAGAUCAACAGAUUAUUAAACCGAUCGCGCGUUUUGAGAAGUGUCCAACGAUCAACUCAUUUAAGUAUACAAAACAUAUGUCUGCAUAACUGACUACCUAAAGAAAAAAUAAAAUGUUCAAACUCCUGCAAAAGUUCUACGAGUAAAAGAAGUUAAGAAACACUGGCUUAAAGUUUCAGAAAAAAAUCUACCACAGUAACAUUAUGGAUGAAGCAAACCAAGCAAAAUUUACUUAUAGCAUAGUUCCUAUUACUACCAAAGAUAAACAUACUGUGGCUGCUUUUCUCAGAAAGUUCUUUUUCCGCGAUGAACCAUUAAACGUAGCGAUACAAUUAUUGGAAGAAACAGAUUCAGCAGCGAAACUUGAGAACUACUGUAUCAGCUAUUUACAAUAUGGAAUGACAUUUAUGGCAGUAUCUCAUACUGGUGACAUAAUGGGUGUGAUUUUGAACAAUAUAAUGCAUAGAGAUGAUGAAGAAGAAGACGAGGAAGAUGGUGAUACAUGUAGUGCAAACUUGAAGUUUAAGGACAUUGUGGUUCUCUUAGACAAAAUUAAACGAGAAGCAGACGUGUUUACCCAGUAUAAAAAUGUAAAUCGUAUAUUGGAAAUAAAAAUUGUUACAGUGAAUGAAGCUUAUAGAGGCCAAGGAGUAUGCAAGGCGCUCGUCGAUAAAACUAAAGAAUAUGCGUUGGAAAUGGGUUGUCAAAUGAUUUACGUUGAGUGUACCAGUCAUUAUUCUGCUAAAGCAGUCGAAAGACUUGGGUUUCAGUGCAUUUAUUCACUGGCCUACAACGAUUACGUUAACGAACAUGGUGAGAUGGUAUUUAAAACACAAUCACCACACAGAGGUGCUAAAGUGUUUGUGCUACCUUUGUAAUAAUACCAUUUGAUUUGAACCUUUACACAGCAGGCCCACUUCUUUUAAAUAAAAAAAUAAUAAUCAUUAGUCGUUACCAGUAUUGUAUUUUUUGUAUAUAAUUUUUGAAUUGUUUAAAUUGUACCAGAUAAUUAUGUUCAACGAAAAAUCAAAAUUAUAAGCUACAAGUAUAAAUAUUAUAUAUUAUGUUAU